GCAAGUGCAAGUAAAAGGAAAAAUAAAACUCUUCCAGACAUAGGACUUUUAUUCACAAUGCAGUCAGUCUGACUUUGACCGAAACUUCCCAACAUUUUCGCACAAACUCCUCGUAGAGGCAAAAAACUGCACAUGAGAAUUUUGCUAAGCAUGAGGCGAAUGUAAUGUGUACCCCAAAUGUUGGUGUUAUUGAUUAGAUUCAUUGUUUGGUUGUUAGUUUAUUUCCUACUCGAAUUUAUAUGAAAUUAUUAGGAUUUUCAGUAAUCCAUUCAUUCCUUACCUACUUACACAUACUACAUAGUGGACAGAUGUGAGGAAAGAAAGCCUAAAAUCGUGCGAAAUAAGUGGUCAGUCAAACAGCCGUCGAGAGGAGAAAGCUGCUGGGAUAUUGCGUUAAUUAUUAAGGUCAGAAGAGUGUCUGCUGGAUUGUAGUUGACUGAUCUAAUCACAAAUCCGGGAAAGCAUAGUGUAUGAGUUAUCGCUAAUUGUACACAUUAUUUCUACUAACGAGUGAACAUAAUCCGUCAAUCAGUUCAGCUCUAACGUAAUGAUAAUGAACCGCUCCGCUGCCCCUGAUUCCCAUCCACUGAGUUCGUCUCUUUCUGGAGAAAGCACUUCCCAUCUACUCCGGCACAUUCGUCAGGAGUAUUUGUUGUGCCGACCUCCGUCACAAAUUAAAAACCUUGCCGAGUUCUUGGGAACCGAUACGACCUCGUCCAGCACCAACGUGGUCGUCUCAACUGCUACCACGAGAUAUCCCGUAGAAACUCUGUCAGAGCGUAUUCAGCAACUCCACGAAGCAAGCGUUGGUUACCCACGGUCCGAGGGGGAAAAAGAAUACCAACCACCCACACAAUACAGAAUUGCGUUCGUAAAGUAUAUCAUUAAACAGUUGGAUACGGUGCUGGGAUCUUGUGAAUCUGCAAAACGUGAUAAGGACGAUGGUGCGGAGGAUGACAAUGAGCCGUCUGCUUUAUGGUACGAGUCAUUAGAAUCUCUAUCUGGCAUGGAGGCAGAGCAGACCGAGCCUUUCUACCGGUUCUACGAAUUGCCGGAAAAUUUCGGUAUGGUAAAGAUAUUCGAAAACGAGCGUGCAAUCGUCUCGGAAGGCACCACCGGCCUUUUAACUUGGGAGGCCUCCAUCGAGUUGGUGAGGUGGUUCAGUCUUGGCGAAAAUAACCAAGCAAUUAAGGAGCGAAAAUGGGUGUUGGAGCUUGGAUGUGGGUGUGGCUUAUUGGCUACUGCUGCGCUUAAGAUAUUUCCCCAUAUAUUAAAGUAUUUUGCAACGGAUGGACAUUGGAGUGCUUUGAGGAAAUGCAAGAUCAACUUGGAAGAAAACUUUGGUGCUUUAAAGACUGAUGUGAUCCAAGUGGAGAAGGUUGACUGGCAGAACGAGCAAGAUGGGAUAAAGUUUGGAAAACUCGUUAGAACGGCGACGGAGAGUGAGGAGUUGGGGCCGGGAGUUCUGUUGGGUGCAGAUAUAGUUUUUGACACGAGUCUGAUACCUGCUUUGGUGGAUUUGAUGAAGAAAUUUCUCGAAAGCCAUAAGGACUCCAUCGCAUUGAUUGCUUGCACGGUACGAAAUGAAGAAACGCUACGUGUGCUAAAAACAUGCCUGGAGAGCCAUUCCGUUGAAUUCAAGGAAAUCUAUUCGUGGGGUGACAAGAAUGGAAUAAUUUACAAAAUUACAAGACGAAUAAUAUCAUAGAUUUUGAAAAAGUAGUUUGAUAAAUCCUAGUUUAUUACAAUAUGAUUGAUCUAUGAAAGUACAAACAAUUACAUUAACCUCAUCUUGACACUGAUAUACAAAAGAUA